AUCGCUGUGGAUCUCCAAGCAGCUGAUAAGUGUUGACAAACGUCCGCAGAGACCUCGAUCGAUCCAACCACCCCCAACACUGGGCAGCUACAAAAAAGCGCGAAGGAGUCACAAUUUGUACAAAGUUAAGCGAAAUAUAAGAUUUGCGCGCGAUCAUGGAGACCCCGACGGGUAGUCGCCGUCCAGGUCGCAUAGCCACCCCGCGUCUGUCCGAGCGCAAGCGGCAGCUCUUCGGCAGUCCGGUAUCCAGGCUGCGCCAGAUCAACGACGACGAGGAUGAUGGGGACGUAGCAAGUCUGGGUGUCUUGCCCCUGAACACCCAUGUGGCGGCCAACAGGCAGAGAAAGAGCCUCUUCGCUGCGGGGGCCGGCAAGUCGAGCAGCAGUGCCAACAGCAGCCCGGAAACCAACAAGGAGAACAAGAAAUCCCGUGGAGUCGUGACAGCCACGGCGGAGCAACUGCCUCAAUUGUUUACAGCCACCAUGCAGCUGAAUAGCAAGAGCAGCAGCAGCAGCAACAGUCCCACCAGCAGCCCGCGAAAGCGAGCGGAUUCUUCAAUGUCAUCGCCCACAUGCUCCUCCGAAGGAACUCCUUCUCCGAGGGCCAGAACCAGCCUCAGACGCAGUCCACGAACCUCCAGUGCGCAGAAGGAUCCUGAUGCGUUUUCUCCGGCAAACUCAUUUCAUACUGGACAGGCUCCAAGAUCUGGGUUAGAAAAAUCACAGAAAAAACACAACAAUAACCAAAAGACCACUGCCCAAGUGCAUACAACUAAACUCAAGAAAACGAGCCCAGCUGAAGAGUUCGAAGACGACGAAAAACCCUCUAGUAGUAAGAACUUCAGGAAGAGUACAGAAGUACGCGAAGCAAAUAUACCGCAGAUCAUCAGUCCAAAAACAAGGAAUAGGCGAAGAAACUCGGAGGAAAUAAACAGCAACAGUCUGAAGGCUGCUGUCCAGGUACCUGUAAUUAAAACGGAUAGCGAGAACAUGACGUCGGAUGACGACGAAAACCGAGAUAUUGAAACAGCAGCAGUUAAGCUAGAAAACAGCAGAGGAAUAACCAAAUCCCCAGUAGAAGUGUUCAAGUCCAAUAACGAUGAAACCACAAAACAAAACCCAGUAAAGACCAUCAAUGAAAAAGCGAAAUCCCCUGGAGAAGCCACAGCAAAGAUCACAGAGAACCCAAUAGGCAGUAUGAAGAUUGAUGUCGAAGUGUUCGAAUCGGACGAGGAAGCACCCAAUCGUAAGCCCCCAAAGCGAUUGCACUCUGAAACGUCCAACCACACUGCUCCCUCAGCGGAGUCCGACUAUGGAUCGCCGCAGAGCAAGAUGCGCAAGAUGACGCUGAGUAGCAGCAUUCCCACCAUGGCCUUCUAUUCCCACAGUGGAGGCACUGUCACAAAGUCGAGAAGAUGGCCGUCCGCAUCCAAGAACAUGCUAAAGCAUCCAACGAUGUCGCCAAGCUCCCGUCCACCAUUGGGCAUUAAUAGAGGUGUUCACCACAAAAUACGUAAGCGCCACGGAUUCGCCUCUCGAUUGCCACCCACCGAUUUGGACAACAUUAUCAACUCGCUGACCAACGAACGGCUUAAGAAGCUGAUCGCCACCAAGCGUGAGGAGCGCGCCAAAGUGGAGAAAGUCCAUCAGAUCCUGCGUAGUGCCAAGGACCCGAUCAAAAUGGCCAAACCAUUGAGUGUGAUUGGAGCCGACGAUGCUAACAAUAAUAACAGUGUGCCAGAAACCGCAUGGCAAGAAACGUCAGGCGACUUCUCUGACCUUAGUGAGGAUGAAGAUAUUGACCCCGUCAUCGAAAUGGAGCCCAUCAUACCGAUAAUUCGCCACGAGCCGAUUCAGAAAUCGCCAACCGCCGAGCCAGCCGAUCUUAGUAAGCGGAAGUUCUUUAAAUCGGGCCAGCGAAGCAGCGCCUGCAUGGAGGUGAGAAUCACGGACAACAUCCGGGCCAGUGUCAGCCAGGGCAAGAUUGCCCUCGUCCAAACUACACGCCGUAAGCCGCGGCAAGUGCGCGUCAAGUCGGCCACUAUAUUUUCAGCCGAGCAAGCCACUGUGGAUGCGAUCCUGAAGAACCUGGACGACACGGUGGUUGAUGAGAUUGUUGAAGCGAAUCCGGUGGCACAGGCAACGUCUAUGGAUUCUGAAGAAACUGCCAUGGAAACGGAUCCGCUGCCGGAAAUAAUUGAAUAUGCACCAGAAACGAAUGAUGUGGAAAUUGAUCCAUUUGCUGAAUUCCGUCAACGUUUGCCAUACGAAACCAAUGAUCCCGAAGUCGUAGAGCAGCAGGAAAUCUUGCUAGAGUUUCUCAUUAGCAACAAUAUUUGCACCGAAAAGAACUUUCAGAUUUUCAUUGCCAAUCCGGACGACUACAAGGACGAGGCCAAUCAAAUUGUGGACGAAUUGUACAUGGUGGUAAACAGCGAGGAGGCUGCGCAGCCUGCUCAGAUGGAAGCGGUGAUUGUUGCACCACAGCAGGAUCCUCCAGCAACAGAGGAAGUUCAACCAAAGCUAUUUCCCAUAUUUACUCAACGCCUACAGCCCGUUGUCCAGAAAUCGAUGCGUCGUCGUCCGGCUACAUCGGUGCGAUUGCUUUCGGCGGCUGGAGGCUCGAAUCAGUACCAGAUCGAUGCUGGUCAAAAGGCCUUCGGAGCGCGACAGUGCCAGCAGUGCGGACUGGUGUACACUGUGCACGAACCGGAGGAGGAGCUGCUGCAUCGGGAGUACCACAACUCCAUCCAUGUGCUGCGAUUCAAGGGCUGGAUCGACGAGGACAUUGUGUCCGUUUAUCCGGAGUGGGCCAGCGACGGCCGCAUCAUACGGAUCAACGAGCGGGCUCCGCCAGCUCGCCUCGACAGACUGCGGGAUCUCAUUGGUGUGGUGGACAAAGAGCUGGGCUACUCCUCGUACAUUGUGCCAAAGAUCUUUGUGGCCUUCAUAGCAGUGCAAAAGCAGAAAAUCGUGGGUUUCUGCCUGGUGCAGCCCCUGAGGCAGGCCCAUCGUUUCAUCCAGGUCGAUGGCACGGACUACUUCAGUGAGGAAAGCUACCCGGCCAGUUGCGGCGUGUCACGCAUCUGGGUCUCCCCGUUGCAGCGACGCAGCGGGAUCGCCAGCAAGCUGCUGCGAGUCGUCCAGUGCCACACGAUCCUCGGUCAGGAGAUCGCCAGGGAGGACAUCGCCUUCAGCACGCCCACCGACGAUGGUCGAGCUCUGGCGCGCCAGUUUACCGGGCUGGAUAACUUCCUGACCUACGACCAGUGAUCGGGCUAAAUGGAAUCGGUUAUUGAAUAGGUGGAUU